GGGGCACGUAACCCCCGUGGAGCUAUUUGAAUCACAGCAAUUUGAAGAAGAAAACCCUUUCCUGGGUUUAGCCGCUCUUUCUAUCUGUAUCUCGUCUGGCCGUUGAGAUUUAGCCGGAAGGAGUAAUUGUUGUUUUCCGGGCGGCUGAGAGUGAGUCCCAUUACCCCUUUUCCUUCUCACUCUCUUCUAUCUCUCUUCCUUGCCAAACUCAUAAACCCCUUUUUUUCAGAUUUUAUUUUAGGGUUUAAGCGUUUCCGAGAUCUGGCCAUGGCAGCUGUUGCACCUUCCGCUGAUCAAGCCGCAGGAUUGCUGCAGAACUUGUCUUUGGAUUCCCAGGGGCAGCCUCAAUCCAAUUUGGACGAGGCCGCCAAAAAGCCUCCUACCUCUCAAAUGGAUACUCCAAACGGAAACGGUGGGUCCAACGACAGAUGUGUGACUCCAGUGCUGCCUGAUUUCAUGGAUCCUUCCCUGUGUUAUCUUCCCAACACUUAUCCUUACUACUAUGGCGGCUAUGACGGGAGCUGUAAUGACUGGGAUGAUUACUCUAGAUAUAUGAACCAAGAUGGAGUUGAGAUGUCUCCAGCACUCUACGCUGACAAUGCUUCCCUUAUGUAUCAUGGCUUUGGUUAUGCUCCUUAUGCUCCCUAUUCUCCCGCAACUUCGCCUGUUCCACCCAUGCCACAUGAUACCCACCUAUUUGGACAUCAACAAUAUCAAUAUUCUGCCCCUUAUUUUCCUCCUGGAACUUAUACUAACCCACCACCACCUGAGGUGUCCUCUGCCCCCGCUGUACAGACUCCUCUCUCCGUUGACCCUUCUGACGCUGUUUCAAAUGCCAAUGCCAAGGGACCCAAUAUCAGGCCUGCAUAUCACAACUCUACAUACACCAUGCCACCUUAUGGGAAACCUGCUGCUCUUCCUGCUUCUGGUUAUCAAGAUCCAAGAUUUGCAUUUGAUGGAGUAAGGUCUCCACUUCCUUGGUUAGAUGGCCCUGUUUUUGCUGAUGGUCACCUAAGGCCUCUUACUAACAAUUCAUUUCCUUCAUCGGUGUCACAUGCCAACGGACCUCCUCCGUCUUCUACAACUCAGAAUUUGUGUCCUCAUGCUAGUGUCAUGACUUUUCAUCAACCAAGGCCAAUGACUAGCAUGGGGGCAACUCAUGGGUAUAUCAACAGGAUGUAUCCAAACAAAUUAUACGGUCAAUAUACUAAUGGUGCAAGAGCAGGUCUGGGCUUCGGAAAUGAUGGGUAUGAUGCGCGUAUCAAUGGUCGUGCAUGGUUUGCCGUUGAUAGCAAGUUCAAGAACAAGGGAAGAGGCAAUGGCUACUUGGGUUAUGGCAAUGAGAACAUGGAUGGUUUAAAUGAGCUCAACAGGGGCCCCAGAGCUAAGGGGUCUAAGAGCAUAAGGAGCUCUGCUCCUGUUGCGUUGGCUGUUAGAGGGCAGAGCAAUGUGUCUAGCGGAAGUCAGGAUGAGAAGGCAAAUUUGAAUAUGAUUCCUGAUAGAGAACAAUAUAAUCGUCCUGAUUUCAAUGAAGGUUAUACAGAAGCUAAAUUCUUUGUCAUCAAGUCUUACAGCGAGGAUGAUGUGCACAAGAGUAUCAAGUACAGUGUAUGGUCCAGCACCCCAAAUGGCAACAAGAAGCUCGACUUAGCAUACAAGGAAGCUCAGCAGAAGUCUAGUGGCUAUCCGGUGUUUCUUUUUUUUUCGGUUAAUACUAGCGGGCAGUUUGUUGGCCUAGCAGAAAUGGUGGGGCCAGUUGAUUUUCAAAAGAAUGUUGAGUAUUGGCAGCAAGACAAGUGGAAUGGUAAUUUCCCAGUGAAGUGGCACAUGGUGAAGGAUGUGCCUAACAGCUUGUUGAAGAACAUUAUUCUUGAAAACAAUGAGAACAAACCCGUGACUAACAGUCGAGAUACUCAAGAGAUCAAGUUGGAGCAAGGUCUUCAAAUGCUUAAAAUAUUUAAGGAGCACACCAGCAAAACUUGCAUUUUGGAUGACUUUGGCUUCUAUGAGGUGCGUCAGAAGACUAUCCAAGAGAAGAAGGCUAAGCAGCAGCAGUUUCAUAAGCAGGUAUGGGAAGGGAAGAAUACGGGGGAUAAGAAUAAAGACGGAAUCAAUGGAGAACAACUGAGCAAGUCAGUAGAGGUUGCCUUAGAUCUGAGCAAGGUAUCCUUGUCUGUUCACCCUAGUGGUGAGGCCAAGUUCUCUGACGCUGGUCUUGCAAAAAGUUUGGAAUGUGCGAAGAUUUCCAAGUUAGGGGUGUCUGAAAAUGGUGCGGUGGAUGGAGUCGCCAAGGGUUGCUAGCUUUUGCUAGCUGCAAUUUUGAAGCCUGAUUUUCUGUUUGGUUUGCUGUCUUGGAAUAGAUAACUACACUGAAGUGCAUUUCUAAUGCGCAAUCCUUCAACCAAGGAUGUUAAUAAUCACAGUGAAAUAUUGAGACAGUCCAUGAGCAGAAUUAUCAAGAAUGGGCUAGAUUACUUCCUGGGAGCAUGAUAUUGCUCUUGAUUUUGAGAUGGGUUUUCAGCUGCUAGAGUUAGGUCUCCUUAUAUAUAGGCUUCAUAACAGAGGAUUCAAGAGUUUCUCUUUACCAUUCCGUUUCUUUUUUACUCAAAAUAUAACUUAUAUACAAAGUAUUCAAUUUUGCUCGUUAUAGCAACUCUGUUGGUGACCCUUUCAAUCUUACUUUUAUAUAUUCAAGCACUUCUGUC